AUGUCUCUGGCUUCAGAUGAGUGUGCCUUCUGCCAUCAGAGAGACCAUUGGAAGUAUCACUGUCCCAAGAAGGGACGCCUGUCUAGCUCGUCUUCUCAACAGUCUCGGACUCAGUUUUGCUCUUCUUCUCCGAGUAAUUUUCAGGCUCCUGCCAGUUCUAAAGUAUCUGCUCUAGCUCCAGCUCCUGAUCUGGCUUCUGUGCGUGCUCGGAUUAGUCAGCUUCAGCAUACAUUGUCUACCUUCCAACCAUCCCCGUCUACCUCCAUUGUUUCAUCUCUUCAUUUAGGUUUGCUUGGAUCUUCUUCAAUUCCUCCUGAACUUGUCCCAUCUUCUCCUCCUCCUUCACCUCUGGCUGCUUCUCCUCAUUCGAUUUCUUCUCCUCCUCCAUUGUUAGUUUAUUAUCGUCGCCAAGCUCCUCAUCCACCGUACUCUACUUUAUUUCUUCUCCACACCUUUGCUGGAUUUGUUGCAUUAUUACUGUAUGUGGAUGAUAUGAUCAUCACUGGUUCUAACUCUUCUGCUAUAUUUGAGCUCACCACUACUGAUGGUGUUCUUCUGGAUGAUCUUACUUUAUAUCGAGAGCUCGUGGGUUACUUAGUUUAUCUGACGGUUACUCGCCCUGAUCUUGCAUAUGCUGUUCAUGUGACAGAAAAGCUUUCAGAAAACUUACAACACAAAGUAGGAUUGGAGAUGGAAGUGGAAGUGGAAGCAGAAGCAAAAGCAGAAGCAGGAGUCAAGGCAGGGUAG